AGUCCCGCUCCGCGCUGCGCCGCUUCGCUCCGGCUCUGGCUCGCCUCCGGCUGGGCUCGGGCUCUGGCCGCCGCGCCCCCUGCGCUGGGCCCGGGGGCAGGCGGCGGCGCAUCAUGGCCCGCGCCCAGGCUCUUGUCCUGGCGCUCACCUUCCAGCUCUGCGCGCCCGAGACCGAGACUCCGGCAGCCGGCUGCACCUUCGAGGAGGCGAGCGACCCAGCAGUGCCCUGCGAGUACAGCCAGGCCCAGUACGACGACUUCCAGUGGGAGCAGGUGCGGAUCCACCCUGGCACCCGGACGCCUGCGGACCUGCCCCACGGUUCGUACUUGAUGGUCAAUGCUUCCCAGCAUGGCCCAGGUCAGCGGGCCCAUAUCAUCUUCCAGACCCUGAGCGAGAACGACACCCACUGUGUACAGUUCAGUUACUUCCUGUACAGCCGGGAUGGGCAUAGCCCGGGCACUCUGGGCAUCUAUGUGCGUGUCAAUGGAGGUCCCCUGGGCAGUGCUGUUUGGAAUAUGACUGGAUCCCAUGGCCGUCAAUGGCACCAGGCUGAGCUGGCUGUCAGCACCUUCUGGCCCAAUGAAUAUCAGGUGCUGUUUGAGGCCCUCAUCUCCCCAGACCGCAGGGGCUACAUGGGCCUAGAUGACAUCUUGCUUCAUAGCUACCCCUGCGCAAAGGCCCCACACUUCUCCCGUCUUGGGGACGUGGAGGUCAAUGCAGGCCAGAACGCCUCAUUCCAGUGCAUGGCAGCGGGCAGAGCAGCCGAGGCAGAGCGCUUCCUCCUGCAGAGGCAGAGCGGGGCACUGGUGCCAGCGGCCAGCAUACGGCACAUCAGCCACCGGCGCUUCCUGGCCACGUUCCCGCUGGCCGCGGUGGGCCCUGAAGAGCAGGACCUGUACCGCUGCGUGUCCCAGGCCCCGCGUGGUGCAGGCGUCUCCAACUUCGCCGAGCUCAUUGUCAAGGAGCCCCCCACCCCCAUCGCGCCCCCGCAGCUGCUGCGCGCGGGUCCCACCUACCUCAUUAUCCAGCUCAACACAAACUCCAUCAUUGGCGACGGGCCGAUCGUGCGCAAAGAGAUCGAGUACCGCAUGGCGCGCGGCCCCUGGGCGGAGGUGCACGCGGUCAGUCUGCAAACCUACAAGCUGUGGCACCUUGACCCUGACACGGAGUACGAGAUCAGCGUGCUGCUCACGCGCCCGGGAGAUGGGGGCACUGGCCGCCCCGGGCCGCCGCUCAUCAGCCGCACCAAGUGCGCAGAGCCCAUGAGGGCCCCCAAAGGCCUGGCUUUUGCAGAGAUCCAGGCCCGCCAGCUGACCUUGCAGUGGGAGCCCCUGGGCUACAACGUCACGCGCUGCCACACCUACACCGUGUCCCUCUGCUAUCACUACACCCUGGGCAGCAGCCACAACCAGACAGUGCGGGAGUGCCUGCAGAUGGAACGGGGUGUCAGCCGCCACACCAUCAGGAACCUGCUGCCCUACAGGAACAUCCACGUCCGACUCAUCCUCACCAACCCUGAGGGGCGCAAGGAGGGCAAGGAGGUCACCUUCCAGACGGACGAGGAUGUGCCUGGCGGGAUUGCAGCCGAGUCCCUGACCUUCACACCCCUGGAGGACAUGAUCUUCCUCAAGUGGGAGGAGCCCCAGGAACCCAAUGGCCUCAUCACUCAGUACGAGAUCAGCUACCAGAGCAUCGAGUCGUCAGACCCGGCCGUGAACGUGCCUGGCCCACGACGGACCAUCUCCAAGCUCCGCAACGAGACCUACCAUGUCUUCUCCAACCUCCACCCGGGCACCACCUACCUGUUUUCUGUGCGCGCCCGCACGGGCAAAGGCUUCGGCCAGGCGGCACUCACUGAGAUCACCACCAACAUCUCAGCUCCCAGCUUUGACUACGCUGACAUGCCAUCACCCCUGGGCGAGUCCGAGAACACCAUCACUGUGCUGCUGAGGCCGGCCCAGGGCCGAGGUGCACCCAUCAGCGUGUACCAGGUGGUCGUGGAGGAGGAGCGGCCGCGGAGGCUGCGGCGGGAGCCAGGGGGCCAGGACUGCUUCCCAGUGCCGCUGACCUUCGAUGCGGCCCUGGCCCGUGGCCUGGUGCACUACUUCGGGGCCGAGCUGGCGGCCAGCAGUCUGCCUGAAGCCAUGCCCUUCACCGUGGGCGACAACCAGACUUACCGCGGCUUCUGGAACCCACCGCUGGAGCCCAGGAAGGCCUACCUCAUCUACUUCCAGGCAACAAGCCACCUGAAGGGGGAGACCCGUCUGAAUUGCAUCCGCAUCGCCAGGAAAGCUGCCUGCAAGGAAAGCAAGCGGCCCCUGGAAGUGUCCCAGAGAUCGGAGGAGAUGGGGCUCAUCCUGGGCAUCUGUGCAGGGGGCCUCGCCGUCCUCAUCCUCCUCCUGGGGGCCAUUAUAGUCAUCAUCCGCAAGGGGAGAGACCACUAUGCCUACUCCUACUACCCGAAGCCGGUGAACAUGACCAAGGCCACUGUCAACUACCGCCAGGAGAAGACUCACAUGAUGAGCGCAGCGGACAGGAGCUUCACGGACCAGAGCACCCUGCAGGAGGACGAGCGGCUGGGUCUCUCUUUCAUGGACGCCCACGGCUACAGCCCCCGGGGGGACCGGCGCAGCGGUGGGGUCACCGAGGCCAGCAGUCUCUUGGGGGGUUCACCAAGGCGUCCAUGUGGCCGGAAGGGCUCCCCGUACCACACGGGGCAGCUGCAUCCCGCCGUGCGUGUGGCCGACCUCCUGCAGCACAUUAACCAGAUGAGGACGGCAGAGGGCUACGGCUUCAAGCAGGAGUACCAGAGCUUCUUUGAAGGCUGGGAUGCCACAAAGAAGAAAGACAAGGUCAAGGGCAGCCGGCAGGAGCCCAUCCCCACCUAUGAUCGGCACCGAGUGAAACUCCACCCGAUGCUGGGAGACCCGGAUGCCGACUACAUUAACGCCAACUACAUAGACGGUUACCACAGGUCCAACCACUUCAUCGCCACUCAAGGGCCGAAGCCCGAGAUGAUCUACGACUUCUGGCGCAUGGUGUGGCAGGAACACUGUUCCAGCAUCGUCAUGAUCACCAAGCUGGUAGAGGUGGGCAGGGUGAAAUGCUCACGCUACUGGCCGGACGACUCGGACAUGUACGGGGACAUCAAGAUCACGCUGGUGAAGACGGAGACGCUCGCUGAAUAUGUCGUGCGCACCUUUGCCCUGGAGCGGAGAGGCUACUCUGCCCGGCACGAGGUCCACCAGUUCCACUUCACGGCGUGGCCGGAGCACGGCGUUCCCUACCACGCCACCGGGCUGCUGGCCUUCAUCCGGCGCGUCAAGGCCUCCACCCCACCUGAUGCCGGGCCCAUUGUCAUCCACUGCAGCGCUGGCACUGGGCGCACAGGCUGCUACAUUGUUCUGGAUGUGAUGCUGGACAUGGCGGAGUGCGAGGGCGUGGUGGACAUUUACAACUGUGUGAAGACCCUCUGCUCCCGGCGUGUCAACAUGAUCCAGACGGAGGAGCAGUACAUCUUCAUCCACGAUGCAAUCCUGGAGGCCUGCCUGUGCGGGGAGACCACCAUCCCUGUCAGUGAGUUCAAGGCUACCUAUAAGGAGAUGAUCCGCAUUGACCCUCAGAGUAAUUCCUCUCAGCUGCGGGAGGAGUUCCAGACCCUGAACUCGGUCACGCCGCCGCUGGACGUGGAGGAGUGCAGCAUCGCCCUGCUGCCCCGGAACCGGGACAAGAACCGCAGCAUGGACGUCCUGCCGCCCGACCGCUGCCUGCCCUUCCUCAUCUCUGCCGACGGGGACCCCAACAACUACAUCAAUGCGGCCCUGACUGACAGCUACACCCAGAGCGCGGCCUUCAUCGUGACCCUGCACCCGCUGCAGAGCACCACGCCCGACUUCUGGCGGCUGGUCUACGACUACGGCUGCACCUCCAUCGUCAUGCUCAACCAGCUGCACCAGUCCAACUCUGCCUGGCCAUGCCCGCAGUACUGGCCAGAGCCCGGCCGGCAGCAGUAUGGCCUCAUGGAGGUGGAGUUCGUGUCAGGGACAGCGGAUGAGGACUUGGUGGCCCGUGUCUUCCGGGUGCAGAACAUCUCUCGGCUGCAGGAGGGGCAUCUGCUGGUGCGGCACUUCCAGUUUCUGCGCUGGUCGGCGUACCGGGACACGCCCGACUCCAAGAAGGCCUUCCUGCACCUGCUGGCCGAGGUGGACAAGUGGCAGGCGGAGAGCGGGGACGGGCGCACCGUGGUGCACUGCCUAAACGGGGGCGGCCGCAGUGGCACCUUCUGCGCCUGCGCCACGGUCCUGGAGAUGAUCCGCUGCCACAACCUGGUGGACGUUUUCUUUGCUGCCAAAACACUUAGGAACUAUAAGCCCAACAUGGUGGAGACCCUGGAUCAGUACCACUUUUGCUAUGAUGUGGCGCUGGAGUACCUGGAGGGGCUGGAGACAAGAUAGCGAGGCCCCUGGCCUGGGGCACACUCAGGGCCAAGCCCCCAUCCCAGACCAACGAGGACGACCUGCGCCCCCAACUCUGCUCCACUGGAACCCCACAGGGAAAUCACGGGAGUGGGCACUGAGCCCACAUGGUGUCCUGUCCGCUGUGGGUGGGGCCUCUCACCACAGCAGGUGGGCAGGUGGCGUGAUAAGGUGGAGCUUUGCAAGACGGCAGCCCAGCCCCACUGCUAUCGGGUCUUGCGGGCCUGUGCUGAGAGGCCUGGCACUGCCUGGCCAAGUGACAGGGGCUCAGCACUACUGGCUCUGGGGGGUGCAGGGCCGAGCCCCCUGACUCCCAGCCUUGGCAGAUGAGUGAGGUCCUUAGAGUGUGUGCCAGGCCAAGCUUUCCACCCCGCCUGGCUUCCUCUGGACAUGGGAGAUGGGCACGGGGGCUCGGCAUCUGAUGAUCCCAUCAGCCCAGCCCCUGAGGGCCUGGCGAGACGCGCUCUGCCUUGAUUUGCGAGUGGGUAGGUCAGACCGGCUCUCCCAGGGUGAGCCGGAGCUCUCCUCCAUCGCUGUCCCCUGCAGCCCUGGGGACGUUUUGCUCACCACCCCUCCCACUUCUGCUUCCUGACCUGUGAGCUGAGCUUCCUGACGCGGGAUCUGCCCACCCUGCCUCUCCCUCGGUGGGACCCCUCCCUGCCUGCAGUCUGCAGAAUGAAGUCACCUCGGCCCCCGGCCUGUAACUCUUGGGCCUCACUGGCCAGGUGCUGCUCAGCUUUCACCAGUGACUAUUGUCCAGGCUGAGUGACAGCCCUGGGAGUUGAGGUCCCUGUGGCUCCUGCUUACGCUGCCCACUGCAGAGGGGCACUGCUAGGUCGGGGUGCUCCCCGCCUCCAGAGUUCCAAGGAAGAUGGUGUAUUUUGGGAUGGAGGAUCAAUGCCUUUUUGUUUAUUUUGUUAUUUUUGGAUGGGUAGGUGGGAAGGUCUCUUUCCAAUGGGGCGGGACACACCCCAUUCCGUGCCUCAAUAUCCCCAUCGUAAACUGUAGCUAUGACUACUGACCUACCUCGCAGGGGCUGUGGGGAGGCAAAGCUGGUGUUUGUAAAGUGCUUUGUAAAUAAACGUGCUCUCUG